UUGGCGGGCAAAGCGUCGCAACACAGUCGUGCGCGGUAUACUCAACCAUACACUUUGGCGGGAAACUAAAGCUCGCGCGAAUCCACCAUAACAGACACUAAACACGAAUUUAUGUGUAAACCGUGAAAAUGACUAAGAUAUCCAGCUGUUUUACGGUCUUUCGAUGGCUCAUCGUUAUUUAUAUCGUUGUGGUCGUGCGAGCAGAAGGCAGUGCAUCCCUGCUGGGUGCACAGUGUCGGUCCAAUGCGGACUGCAACGUUGCGUAUGCGCAUUGCAACCGAGGCGUGUGCGCUUGUCAACCGUACUACGCUCGCGUUGACAACUCUACUUGCCUGGAAUCUACUCUACUGGGAUCGGAAUGUGUGGUGUCAGAGCAAUGUACACUGAAGGUAGCCUACAGUGCAUGUUUAGAAGGCGUUUGCCGCUGCACGGACGGCCAUCUACAGUUCAGGAAGCAUACCUGCCUAUCUCCCGCACCGCCAGGACACGUCUGCUAUAGCAACGAGCACUGCCGUUUAUGGGACAAGGAGAGUCAUUGCGAAUUCGUAAUUCCAAACCUUUUCGGGAGAUGCUCAUGUAAUUCGUUCUUUAGGCAGACUGGUGAUAAAUGCUUUGCGCAAAAACCUCCCACUUAUGCUCCUGAAGCCGUAGUAGCCGAGCAGGACGCUGUGGUUGUAGGCGCAACCAAGGGAUCUACCGUAGAUAUGACUCAGAAAGCACCCAAACCUACAGCUAACCUUAAUCCAGGAUCUGAAGAUCCAUUCGGACCACCGAAUACUAUCAUAGAUACUGAUGAAAUCCAACCAAGUAAACUUCCCAUGUAUACUAGUAACAAUGACGUAUUAAGUACGCAAGAAGAUAGUCCUUUAAUGCAGGCGGUCAUGAAAGUACCGACUGCAGAGCCUUUAAAACGGCUACCAGUUUCAAAUAGAAGGGACGGUGAACCAAACGAAACUAUAAGGGUAGACGAAAUGACUGCUAAUUUGCAUGCUAACGACCAGCCUAUAUACAGAGUCGUAACUCAACCCUCUGUAGAGAAAAAAUCAAAUAAAAAAAGUGGGACUCCUAAGGAGCAGCAAGGCAAGCCACAUAAAUCUGGUCAUCAAAAGAAGUCUUCGUUGAAAGAUAAACAUCGCAUUCGUACCGAAACCAGUGGUAUUGACCUAGGGCCGGCUUCGCUCGGGAUGCCCUGCGCCACGGAUCAGCAAUGUCAUCUGGUGGACCCUUACACACGGUGUGUCAACAAACGUUGCGAUUGUGCGUACCGAACAAACUCCACUUCAGCCUGCUCCGUUCGCAAUCGAGGAUGUUUGCCUGGAACAUUUCAAUGUCGUUCGACGGGUACGUGCAUAAGCUGGUACUUUGUCUGCGAUGGCCGCAAAGAUUGCCCAGACGGGUCGGAUGAAAAGUGUCAAGGUACUGGUAAAGAUGGUACAGGGGAAAGGUGUCCUAUGCACGCAUUCCGUUGUGGUGGUCCCGGAUCUCCCUGCGUGUCCCGCGCAGCCAGAUGCGACGGGACACCGCAAUGUCCGGGCGGAGAAGACGAACGCAACUGCCGCGCCACUAGACGUAAAGGUUGUCCCCGGCAUACAUUCCGAUGCGGCUCAGGGGAGUGUCUACCAGAAUACGAGUUUUGUAACGCCAUCAUAUCCUGCAAGGAUGCCUCUGAUGAACCUCCGCAUCUCUGCAACGAACAAUCCAGAUGGAGAGCGGCAGACUUCUGCCCGUUGCGGUGCGGGAACGGCCGAUGUCGGAGUACGGCGGUAGCUUGCUCCGGGCGUGAUGGAUGUGGUGACAAUAGUGACGAAAUAGCUUGCACUGUUUGUAGGUGUCCAGCUCCACCACAGAUGCCGUGAGGAUAGUUCGUAGAAUAAAAUAACCCUCUAGUAAAACACUCCCUCUGAAUGCGGACAAACUGCCAGAAAACGAGUCUCAUUUUAUUAUACAGAGAUGGGUGACGUCAAAAAUUAUACCUAAUGUAUUAAUUUAAAAAAAGUAUUUUGUCCAGUUUAUUAUAUUGACUUAGUCUCCUUUUAGUACAAAGACUAUAUUUUCUAUUUCUUUGUAUUUUAAAUAGGUACUAAAAUAUAACGAGCUAUCUUUCGAAUAUUGCUAAAACCUUCUUUUCUUUUACUUUUUAAGAGUUUAUUUAUUUAAAAAAGGAAUUUAAUUUCGUCAUAUUACCGUAAAGCGUAUUAUCCACCUAUUCAUGUGAAGCAUAUAAUAUUGAAUUAAGAAAUUAAAGAAAGAAAUUAUAAAAUACCUGGUGGAAUUUAAGUACGGCUAUAAAUUGCUGAAGAGACACAUAAUUACAUUGUGAAUAAUAAAAAUAUAAGUGAAAGAUUUUACUCGAUAAUAUUUAAUUAUAUGAAUUUUAAGAAAUCAUAUAAGAAAACAUUUCAAGAUUAGUAGAAAAAAACUAGGUGUAUUUUGAAGUCAUUUUAGAAUUUUUUUCAUGUGCGAGUAAAAUACUUCUCUAUAUUUUUUUUUAUUGUUUUUCUCACCCUGUAAAUGUGCGUAUUUCAAUGAUCACCAACAUUAUUUUAAGAUAUUAAACUAAUAAGCCACACAAGCAAUAAGACUGAAGAGUUGUACUCUGACACUAUUUCUUUGAAUUAGACGUAGUAUGUUAUUGAUAGAUAACUUGUAAAAUGUAUAUACAUGCCAGCACUAUAUCCAUGUUAACCUAAGUCACUUCUUGUAUAUUUUUAUACGAUAAAAGAACACAUCUUUUUAUUAUUUCAUCUGUUUAAAACUAUGUCAAAACACUUUUUUUUAAAUUCCUUCUUUUAUUACGACUAAACAAAGAAAACACUAAUAAAGCCAUUAUAAAAUUUUAAUAAAAUAAGUAUUCUAUUUUAUCAUAUUAAAUUAUUCAUUUUUACAAUUAGAAAUUGGUCAAUUUUAAGAUAUUCGUAUUUUAUUGAGAUGUCAGAUCAAUUUAGCAGUACUAAGUAGAUUUAAGUGUAAGUGUGUAAUUUACCCUGCUAGAGUGAUAGAGUCAAAUUUAAGUUAUUGUAUUAUACGGUGUGUUUUAUGUACGUGUGAUUGUGAUAAUAUUAUUUAUUAAUUAAACUAAUUAAUACAUA